AAAAGUGAACAGGAGGAGUGAACCGGGACCAGACCGCGUACUGGACUCAGCACACACACCGUCUGUCCCGGAUCUUUAACCUCAAACAGGAACCAGUUUGGAUCAGGUGUGAUUCUGUUUCAGGUCCGACUGGAUGAAACCGUGCGUAAAAGCUGCCGAACCAACGCGCCAAAACCGGACUUACAGGCGGACACCUCUGCGCGUUACAGACACCCACAAUAGUUCCCAGACUGCAGUUUGGUAUCAGGUCACCACACGUGUUUCCUGCCGAGGAUGUCAGUCCGAUGAGCUGCCCCUUCAGGUGCUUUUAACCCUUUCAACCCUCCGCUGGAUGAGAUGCGACCAUGCCCUUUACGCACCGGCUCGCUCUGCUCCUGCUCGGCUUCACCGUCCUGCACACGGUUAAUGGAAAGUUAACUCUCUGCCAGUUCUACUGGGAGAUACAGAGAGCCAAGAGAGAGUGUCAGACACAACUGCAGCAACAGACGCCUGCGAGCACAGGAUGCCGCGGUGAGUGGGACAAUGUGUCUUGUUGGCAGAGCGCGGCGGUUGGCGAGGUGAUGACCCUCCCCUGCCCUUCCCCUCUCCUGCACCUGUUUGGAAAAAACGGUAACCUCAGCAGGAACUGUACACAGAAAGGUUGGUCUGUCGUUUACCCCACCGUCGCCAUCGCCUGCCAGACCAACAACACAGACGAACCCAAUGAUCUGGUCUUCUACAGGGUGGUGAGGAUACUGUCCACUCUGGGCCACAGCCUGUCGCUCAUCGCUCUGCUCACCAGCACCAUCAUCAUCUGUUUGUUCAGGAGGCUCCACUGUACGAGGAACUACAUCCAUCUGAACUUGUUUGUAUCGUUCAUGCUGCGAGCCGUGGCCGUGCUGACCAAAGACACCCUGCUCUUCUCAGACGACGAGACCACGGACUGCAGCACUCAGCCCUCGCUGGUGGGUUGCAAGGCCAGCUUGGUGUUCCUCAACUACUUCAUCAUGGCCAACUUCUUCUGGCUGCUGGUGGAGGGUCUCUACCUGCACGCGCUGCUGCUCGUCAUCCACAACUACUCCAUCCGCCUCUCCAUCUACAUGCUCAUCGGCUGGGGAAUCCCUUUUGUUUUCAUGGUUGCGUGGAUCAUAUGUAGGAUAAACCUGGAGGACACGAGGUGUUGGGAGAUGAAUGAGAACCCUGUCCCCAACCGACUGAUCAACUGGCCCAUCAUCGCAUCAGUGAUUAUCAACUUCAUCCUGUUCAUCAGCAUCAUCCGCAUCCUGGUGCAGAAACUGCGCUGCACCGACGUCGGAGGAAACGAGCGAUCACAAUACAGACGCCUGGCUAAGUCCACCCUCCUGUUGAUCCCCCUAUUUGGGAUAAACUACGUGGUGUUCGUCUACCUGAUGGAGCCGACCAACAAAACCAUGAACUACAUCAAGAUCUUCUUUGAACUCGGCCUCGGAUCCUUCCAGGGUCUAAUUGUGGCUGUCCUCUAUUGUUUCCUCAACAGCGAGGUCCAGAGUGAGCUGAGGAGGACGUGGAGGAGUUUAUCUCUCAAGCGUUACGUGGGGCGGGACUACAGGCUGCACGCCAUGUCAGUCAGCCGAAACGGCACCGAAAACUCUGCUCCAUUUCCCAGGAACUCCCGAGCCCAGUCCAUCCUACAGACUGAGACCUCUAUGCUCUGACCAGGGACAGAGACGGUCUAGCUCUGUAAAGACACUCAUAUUUAGAGGUUCAAAGUCUUACUCAAGGCCUCUUUUAUAGACAUAUCGUUUGCUCCUGCAGGGACUGAACCUGCAGGAGUUUCUGAGGUGAAGGACUUCUGGUCGGACUGUGUCUUCAAUGUUCAGUUCAUGAAACAGUGCCUGCUGAAAACCUGCAGAACAGAGAACCUGCAUCAACUAACUGAACCUUUCAUAUCAUUAAACAUUAUAUUAAAAAACUGCAAAUGAAGAAGGAGAGUCUUCAAAGUGGAAGAACAUUUAUUUACAAAGAUUAAAAACAAGCCAUAAGCAAUGUAUUAAAUGUAUUCAAAAUAUGUUAUAUAAUUUGAUUAAUAACCAAGAAAUUACAACAUGUGUUGACAAUCGUACAUUUAUUAUUAUUUUUUAAAAUAUAGUGAGUCUAAGGAAGCAGACUAGGCAGAUCCAUGAAUGUAUGUAAAGAUGGCGCAUAUUCAGUCCAAUAAGAAUUAUUCGUGACCAAAUCACAAGCAGUUGCACCGAAUCCUGUCCUGUUUGUCCCAAAAACUAAGCUUUGUAGAUAACAUGAACAAGCUAAAACGAUGAUGAAUCAGUGAAAAUAUUCUGAUCUAAUCACUUAUGUAAGCUAUAAUUGCUGUAUUAUUUAUGUGGUUUUCCCCCGUUUAUUGCACCAAUAUUAUCAUAAAUAACAGAUUGUUGAUCUCAUUUGGUUUGAAAAAUAUCUCCUACAGCUUAAUGACAAUUUUAGCUGCUUAAGAAAAGACUUUUAAAACGGCUGUAAAAUACCUGUGCUCACCUGUGUACAAUGGCUUCACAUCAUCCAAACUCCCAUUUACACCCAUUCUCAUCUGGUCACUCUCUGGGUUUACUCCGAGGGUGCGCAGUGGUGUUUCUCCUGCUUGGCCCCUAGAUGACAUGUGGACAGAUUUAAAUAGAUUUUCUUGGGGAAAAAAUACAAAUAGUUAUAUAUAUGAUCAGAAAUUAAUAACAGGGUCAUAAUUGGAGUCAAGUAGUGCUUGUGGCUGAUGACUCUGCUGAGGCUGGUGGUGAUGGGGAGGUGAAGGGGUCUACGAGAGAGACUGGUGCCCCAUGUACCAAGACUGUAGCAGCCAGGGGUUCAAAUCCAACCCCUCUCUUUCCUGUCACUCUUCCGCUGUCACUAUCAAUUAAAAAGGCCAUAAAAGCCUCCAAACAAUGCAGGUGUGUUGAUGAGAACAGCUGAUACUGACAGACUGACAGCAAGGAGAUUAUGUGUGAGAGGAGUGAAUGCAGGAUGGAAAUAAGGCCUAGAAGAAAAGUCUUCCUGACUGAACUUUAACCAGAGCUUCCUUUUAAGUCAGACACGUGGUCUUUGGUUUCAGAAAGUCUUGUAACAGUAUAUUUUAAAUAUUUCUACAGUCCUGAACGGGAAAAAUGAUCCAGUAGUUCACAAGAAACGUCCCUUUCGUCCCUGGCCAAUCAUCUCAUGACCCCUCAGACUUAUCUUGCAGUCCUUGUUGGGGUCCCGACCCACAUGUUGGGAACUAAACAGAGGAGUUCAGGAAAGCAUACAGGUUACUGUAUCAUGGUUGUCCGUUUAUUUUAUUGUAUAUUUUUCAUAUGUAGGUUUAUUUUGUGCCUAAACGAGGGUUUUGACCACUGUGGCUUUUCUGUUAUUUACAGUUUUGUUCUGAUGUCUUUGAAUUUGUCUUGAAUUUGAGUCUUUCCCACCUUUUAUGGACACAAACACUCUUCAAUAAAAGAGGAUUAUCGCCUUUAAGUGAAGCAGAUGAAUGAAUAAAAAUGGACCGACUUUCCACUAAUUUGUUAGGGAGGAUCUUCCAUCAUAUCAGACGCUGAACACACACGUUUUAUCCAAAAUGACUCACAGUAACACGAGCAGGGUUUCAGUUCUGCUCACAAACAGCCAAAAAAACCAUUCUUGCCUUGUACAGAGAAUGAUUGUUUCAUAUUAUAUGUCUUGUUUUUUUGUUUUUUUUACACAGUUGAGUGUAUUAAUGUUGGUUAUGUAAUGAGGUGGAGUGAGACUGAGACAUUUAUAAGCUUCUCAACACAACUGUAAACCUGUGACUGUGAUGUUUUAUGUAUAAAAGCUUUUAUCGAA